UUUUCAAGCAGCUCGUCUAUAAAACUUAGAUGACCAUGCUCAGUUUGUUACCGAAAUUCCAACGAGAAAUUAAGGACAGGAAAGAAAGAAAGAGAUGGUGGUUAUUCCAUGCUACCGAUUUUCAAUCCUUGAUGUAUCCUUGUUUUAUUUUUUGUCGCAUUCUUGGAAUAUUCCCGUACAAGAUCAACGCUUCAUCCUUUGAGACUUCCAAAUCGUCCUACCUUCUAUCAACUAUAGUUAUGUGUAUUUUCUGCUUUUGCGCAAUAAUAAUAAUAAUGGACGUAUCUGGAUGGUUCAGUAUUCAAAAUUUACACGAAACUAUUCAACUUAAUUCCUUCUAUAUGUUUGGCAGUAUCAUAAUGGUUGUCACGUUCGUUUUAAGCGGUCCACGAAUGCGUUUGCUUCAGACCAUACUAAAAGUCUCUUCAAGACUUCCUUCGCAGAUUUAUCGGAAGCAGUCUAUGCUGAUCCAUGCCAAGGACAUUUUUGGGUUUUUCUUCUUGCUCGUGCAAACAUUCAUCUUUUAUAACAACAUGCAACUCUCUGUCUUGGUCAAGGUGAAUUCAUUGUACAUCAGUCUGCUAGUGUUUCAGAUGGAUAUGCUGUACAUAAAUUGCGCCUGUAUAUUAAAAGCUUGUUUCAAGAGAAUCAACGACAAUCUGGCACAUUUAUUCAUAAACGAUAAAUCUAAUUUAAUUAGAUGGAUCAACCAUGAAUACAGAAACUCACUUUUGCUGGUGGAGCUCAAAACUCUGAAGAAGCAACAUUUGAUGGUUAGCAAUGCUGUGAAAAUGCUAAAUAUAAUUUUCAGUCCGCAGCUCCUCGCGACCAUAGCCGUAAUUUUCAUCAUGAUUACUUUUGAAAUAUAUUUCAAUAUGGUGCAAUGGGAAAACGGAUUGUUUAUAAGUUGGACUAAGCAAAUUUAUCAUAUCAUUAGAAUACCUUAUAUUGCAUAUUAUCUUAUAAAAAUAGCAUUGAUAGCAUGGACCUGCGAAUCUAGUAAGAAUCAAGCUAUAAAGAUUAGCACUACCGUUCAUGAGAUUCUUAACAACACUGACGACAAGCAAAUUAAACACGAGUUGCAGUUGUUUUCUUUGCAAAUAAUGCACCAUAACAAUAUAUUCUCUCCAAAAGGACUUAAUCUUGAUGCAACGCUUAUUACAACGAUGACAAGUACUAUCGCUACAUAUGUUUUAAUUUUGAUCCAAUUCUUGAUCGCGUCGCACUCAUGUGACGAAAAGACUGAAUCAACCUUAUACAAGCAAUUUAAAUCAACAUAUGCAGGCUCGUAAAAAAAUAUACAACUGAUAUAAAAAUUUAUUUAAACUUCUUUCUUUUUUAUCAUUAUGAAUGAGUAAUCUAAUCAUGUAAUGUUUCAUUUAUUUCUUUUAUAUGUCAAACAAAGAUAAAAAUAAAUUAAUUAAUACAAUUCUUUAUAUUCAACAAGACGGCAAACAUACGUUUUUAUAAAAUUUUUGCUUAAAUUCAUUCGUCAUUAAGUUCGUCAUUUAAUUAUAUGUUUUAUUUUUUAUUUCAAAAUUAAAACAAUAUAAAUAUAAAUAUUAAUACUUAAUCAAUAUAAUUUCGAAUUUACAUAUUUCUUUCUUCGUGGAAAGUCGGGAUAUACAAGUUAUUAGUAAAGUUCUAUUUACCACAUAAUUGUUACAUUUUUAUUUUGGAAGAAAGGAAAAAUGUUCUAACUACUAUAUAAUAAAGGCUUGUCUAAAAUCAGGCAUUCAUUAGCACUCGGUAAUGAUAUUAAAUUCAUAUUUUGUGCCAUACUUUUAACAUGACGUCAAACUAAAUGUACGUAAUAUAUGCAUUGCGGAAUAUAAGUCUUGCGAAAAAGCAUAAGGUAUAAUUACAAUUUGUAUAAAUGACAAAAAUGUUUUACAUUAAAGUGAAAGAUUUCUAGAAUUACUUGUACACAUUAACUUAUAUGUAUAUGAAUCCUUAUAUACAUUAAUCUUAACAUGCAUUUAACUUCAUACAAAUUAUUCGUUAAACAAAAAAAAAUGGUAGCCUACUAUGCUAGUUUUGGGACCCAAUUUUUCAAACGUUAAUUUUGAUUAUGUUAUGGAAACAUUAAUUAUUACAAAAUAUAAAACAAUAUAAGAAUUGUUUGUAAAACUGCUAUGCCAUCUAAUAGAAGACACUUUUCAAUUUAUAUUUGUUUUUAAAGUUUCAUUUUUAGUUUUUAUUCAGAAAAUGUUAACAAAAAACAAAAGAACAUGACAGUAUUGUAACAUUCCUCUAUGUACCAAAUAAUAAAACUAAGUUUAAUCUAAAAAUGUUAUGUAAUUUUAAAAUGUUGUAUAAUCCGGCUUCAAAUUCGAUAAUCGAUAUUACUGGGUCUUUAAGAAACUAAUAAUGUAGAUAAUGUUUAUUCAAUAAUGUACUUCCUAUUUUGUUCAAAUAUGAUUCUCCUAAUGAGCGAUCUAGAUAUGUAGCUUAAUGAAUCGUAAUAAAUGCAAAAAUUA